AUGCCCAUCCAUCUCUGCAACGACGGGGAUAUCCAGGGCCUCAUGUCUCUGGCAAACAAACGACCUGCCAGCGAGGCGGCCAACCCAGCCGUUUCGUCUUCCUCGAACCUCUGCAUUUCGACCCAAGUUGGACUCGGACCUAUGAACUCUUCAAUACACCGACUCCCCGCGGAGCUCAUUCUCGACAUCUUUGACCUCGCCUGCCAAACCGAGUGGGAAGACCAGCUCCUUGCCAACCAGGUCAAGUUGCCGUCAGCGCCAUUCGUCCUCGGCCAAGUCUGUCGUCAUUGGCGGCACCUCACCCAAACAACACCCUCCCUCUGGACACGCCUCUCCCUAGUCCUUUCUGGAGAGAAAGGCCAAACACCCAUCUCGUUCCUCCACUACUACCUCUCACGAUCCAAGAACUCGCUUUUGUCGAUCCACAUCCAGCAAGACCGUACACGAAUGUUCAACCUCUUUGAACACGACGCGUACCAAAGGGCCUUUACGCAAGUGAUCGACAUCCUCGCUCCGCACUCGGAAAGAUGGAAGGACGUGUCACUUUACGUCCCAGGCUGCCAUCCGUGUCCGAGUUUGCAAAGCAUCCAGGGCCGCCUUCCCAACCUCGAAUCCCUCAGCAUCCGGAUGAGCUCCGUGCGACUGAGCCUACGCCUCCGACCUUCCGAAUUGAACAUGUUCAACCACGCGCCCCGGCUUCAGAAAGUACAGUACCCAGACGUUUCGGAUCGACUUAGACUGCACAUCGACUAUUCCACGCUCACUUCUUUCACCUGCGACAACAUCGCGUUUGCGGACGCGGUGGAAAUUCUCCGGGGUUCAGCCAAUCUUGUCCACUGUACCCUUGCAGUGUUGUAUUACACGCAAGUGAACCUGGACGUCCCAACCAUUACUCUUCCAAAACUGAAGACGCUCACACUGAGGGAGCACUGUCGCUUUGUGCAGUGCCCAUUGCUCCGGGUUCUGGUGCUACCCAACCUGCGCGUACUGAAUACAGAUAGGCGUAGCUCUACCGACCAACCAAUUAAAGCCCUGCUGGAUAGGUCGGGGUGUACGCCCGUUGUGCACUUGAUGGACAGACGCGGUGGAAGCCUGAUUGGGCGGAGGAGGAUGCAGGCUUUAGUGUCCAACGCUAUUUUACAGCCGUACUCUAUUGGUUUAGAGUAG